GAGAGAGAUUGUGAAAUAACAGGAAAUGCAAUGCGGCAAUCUCACUCUUGUUAACGAUUUAUAGGUCACCACAGCAACUGCUUAAUUUUUUUUUGUGAAUAUUAGUUUCACUCGAGCCGUCGCCAUGGCCACCAACAGGAAGUUUAAGGAGCUCAUCCACCGCCACCGCACCCACUUCCUCGCCCACAAAACGAGGCCCUACUCUUUUCGCUUAAAUCAACUAAAAAACUUACUCAAACUCUAUGAAGAAAACAACGACUUGAUCUUAUCAUCACUAAAAAACGAUAUGAAUAAAUCCAAAUUGGAAGCUUAUUUAUACGAGGUGGAUUUCAUGAAAAACGACGUUCGCAUGGCGAUUAAAUACCUGAAAAAUUGGAUGAAGGAGACUAAAUUAAAGAUGAAUUUACUCAUGCCGAUGGACGAUGCGGGGAUCGUGGGGGAGCCGGAGGGGGUGGUCCUGAUAUUAUCCCCCUGGAACUACCCCUUCCAACUCACGUUAAUCCCCCUCUGCGCCGCCAUAGCGAGUGGGAACUGCGUGGUGAUUAAGCCCUCGGAAAUUUCCCCCCACUCUUCAAAAACCAUAGCAACCUUAAUCCCACGUUACUUGGAUACGGAUUGUUAUUCCGUUGUUGAGGGUGGGCCGGACGUCGUGGGAGCGUUGCUAGAGGAGAAAUUUGACCAUAUUUUUUACACGGGGAGUUUUACCGUUGCCAGGGAGAUUCAUCGAAUGGCGAAUAAAUAUUUGACGAAAUGUACUUUUGAACUGGGGGGGAAGAGUCCAGUUUAUUUGGACUCCACGGUGGACGUGACCAUGGCGGCGAAGCGGAUCAUGUGGGGGAAGUGUAUUAACGUGGGGCAGACCUGCGUGGCCCCUGACUACGUGAUUUGCACGAAAUCCAUGGAAACGAAAUUCUUGACCGCUGCUAAACUUGCGAUGGACGAAUGGUACGGACCGGACUGGAAAAAGGCUGAGGACCUGGCGAGGAUCGUGAAUUUGAGGCAUUUCCAUAGGGUUAAGGAUUUGUUGCUGAGUGGGGGCGAGGUCGGGCUGGGGGGCAAGUGGGAUGAGGAAGAGUUGUGGAUCGAGCCCAGUGUUGUGGUAAACGUCAAGGAAACGGACAAAAUAAUGACGGAUGAGAUUUUCGGUCCAUUGUUGGCAAUUUACAACGUGGAGAGUGAAGACGAAGCGAUUGAGUUUAUCAAUUCGAGACCCUCCAAACCCCUGUGUUUGUACGUAUUUUCCGCUUCCAAGGCAACCAUGAAGCGAUUUCGGGACGAAACCCAGUCCGGAACCAUGGCGUUUAACGACACGAUCGUGCAAUUUGCGGUUGACGAGCUGCCGUUUGGAGGAAUUGGCGAAUCCGGUCACGGAUAUUACCAUGGAAAAUUCGGAUUCGAUGAAUUUACCCAUUUUAAAGGGAUCGUCUACAGGGAUUAUUCAUGGAUUGGGGAUCAGGUCGGGAUCUUCCGCUACCCGCCCUACUCCGCCUUGAAAAUUAAAAUUUUAUCCUUUUUAUUGUGCCAUUGGAAGAAAUUUAAAUUUAUCUAUUUCGAUUAUUUCGGAGAGAUUUUUCUGUUUUUAGCCGGGUUUUUCGUCGCCUGGUGGGUUUUUCAGUUGUGACAUUUUUUUGUGUUUUUAUAAUUUCCAUGACAAUUAUUUUUUUAAAUGAAAUAAAUUUCCAUGACAACAA